AUGGAGCUCAGCGAUGUCCUCGAGCGGACAAAGCUUAAUGCAGGUUCUCCCUACAAGCCAGCAGCAUGGAAGCAACUCCUCGAGCAGGCUGGCUUGCUCAAGCAUUACCCACACCUUCCGGAUCAGCUUCAACUCGGAUUCGAUGCUGGGAUCAGGCCGAUUCAUCAAACAUUUAUACCUCCAAAUAAUUCCUCAACAUCAGAAUAUCUUUCUGAGUUCAAGCACAUCAUUGAGACUGAGUUCAAACAAAGCAGAUACAUUGGACCCCUCUCACGGUCAGAGGUUGAAAAUCUUGUUGGACCUUUUCAAACUUCGCCCUUCAGUAUCAUACCUAAACCUGGGAAGCCUGGGAAGUUUCACCUCAUUCAAAACCUAUCAUAUCCCCAUGUUCCUCAUAAUCAAAUAUACUCCAUUAAUAGUACAAUCGACUCCAAUCAUUACCCCUGCACAUGGGGCACCUUCUCCGUCAUCUCUCUUCUUAUUUGGCAGCUACCUCCAGGGUCGCAGGCAGCCGUACGAGAUGUCAAGGAGGCAUAUCGGACCAUUCCAUUACAUCCUUCUCAAUGGGCUGGCCUUGUUGUCCACCUGGACAAAGAUGACUCUUUUGCAAUUGACACACGGAAUUGUUUUGGGCUCGCAUCAAGUGGAGGAUGCUAUGGUAUUAUCAGUGAUGCUGGGGCUCAGCUCAUGCGAGAAUGGGGCAUUGGUCCAUUAUCCAAAUGGGUUGAUGAUCAUUUUUAUGCAAGGAUUCUUCGGAAGUACUUACAGAAGGUCAAUGAGCAACGCUGGGAAACAGCCCUCAGAAUCGAGGCAAACGGAGGACAGCUUCAGGAUGGAGGUUGCCUCUGGUUCAAAGGUGGGCUCAUGCCGAAUGAUAGACAUGAGGAAUUUGAUGAAGACCAUUCUGCCCCUCUCCAUGACUCAUCCAAAUGUACCCCCAGGUCAGAAGAGGAACAACAGUAUAAUUACUCCAUGUCUGACAUCAAUGACCUCUCUGAUGAGCUCGGAAUCCCCUGGGAAACUGACAAAGACAUUCCAUUCAGCGAAUAA